GACUGUUUCUGAAGAUGAUUCUCUUGGAACAAUGACAAAUUUCUUAAUUGUUUACGUCCUUUGAAGUGGAAAGACAUAACAGCGCAGUCGUUUAAAUCCAGUUAUAAAUGAUAUAGGAUAAGCCAUGUAAAUUAACGAUUGACUUUUUGCGGGAAAUAAAUCUUAGGGGAUAUUUUCUGGAGUAAAAGCAACGAAAAUGGCGUCAUCAAGAAAUGUGAAGCAACCUCCCGGCGCAGGAAUGUAUGAUCCAGCCAGCAAACUCCAGUCAAAUACACUGAAGAGACACCCUAAAAUGGAUUUAAACAAAGCAGAUCUUCUGCGAUUACUCAGCUACUUAGAAGGAGAAUUACAAGCUCGUGAUAUUGUCAUUGCAACAAUGAAGGCAGAGAAGGCUAAGCAGUUAUUGUACCAGGCAAAGUACGGAAGGUUUGGACUGGGAGACCCAUUUUCUGCGUUACAAAGAGAUUCAGAUAACUUGAAGGAUAACUCGUUCGAUGAGUCUGCCAUUAAGUCUAUGUACGAUAAUCAGCUGGCACAGUUAGAGAAUCUGAUAGCGACACAACGGAAAGCUCAGCUGAAGAUGAGGGAGCAGUUGUCAGCAGCUGAAAAACGCUACCACAAGGUGUGUAAUGAAUUGGAGGAUGAGAAGAGGAAACAUGCCCAGGACACCGCCCAGGGAGACGAUGUGACCUACAUGUUAGAGAAGGAAAGAGAAAGACUUAAACAGGAGAUUGAGUAUGAGAAGAGUCAGAACAAGAAGUUGGAAAAGGAUCUGAAGAAAACAUUAGCAAGUCUGGAGGAAGAGAGAGCCAACUCCAUAAAACACAAACAGGUGGCGGUCAUGUUAAUCAAAGAACAAAAGAAGCUGGUGGAGAAGUUAGUCAAAGAUCGGGCACGGAUCCAAAAGUUAGAACAACAACUACAAGAUGAACAGGAGAAGACAAGUAACGUGGUAGAAGGGCUGGUGAUAGAAAGCAAGAAAUCACUCAAAAUGGAGGCAGUGAUGGAGAAACAGAUGAGUGAUUUUGAUGUCGAGCGGGAGCAGCUUAGAGGGAAACUGGGUCGCGAGGAGGCCAAAAAUCGGGAACUGUCCAAUCAGCUUGAAGCUCUUCAGUAUCAAUUUGAUCUGCUACAGAAGCAGAUGGCACUAGAGAAAGUGACCGCUAGUAAAGACAGUUUUCAGAGUAUUGAGAUUAAGUCAACAGUUAAAACACCGGAUAAAUCUGGGAGCAAUAUGGCUGUUGUGAGUCCUAAUAUAGGUCAACUGCCACCCAAAGUAGGAAGGAUGAGUGAAGGAAGUCUGAAACUGAGUGAUGUGACUGACAGAAAUCGUGUUGUUGAGACAGUUGUUCAGAAAGGGGGUCGGUACAGUCACUCCCCAGAGAGGUCAGUAUCAGAGGGCUAUAGGACGGACACACAAGAAAUGAGAGUGGCACCAACAGAGCCUGUGUCCAUAGACAGAAAUGCAGAGAUGUAUCGAGGAGGACCCAGAAUUCCUCUUCAGUCAGGAUCUACAACUGUAUUAACAGGAGGUGGGAAGGUGCUGACAGUAAAUGUGGGGCAUUCAAGUUCUCCUUCCUCUCCAGUCAAUAUGUCACCCCGAAAAAUAGCGAUCCCAGGGAGAGGGACCCCUCCACCCUUACCCCCCAACAAACCUAGUCUGUCAUCUCCUGUCACUGCCAGUCCAGUCAGCAAAGCUGUUACUCCUGUGUCCCAGGCAGGGGCCUCACGUGGGGUUCAUAUACCUGUCAGUGUAGUUCAUAGUUCUGGAACUGUCACCCCCACAAGGGCUUCACAAGGGGAAGGAAAGGCCGCACCCAUACGGAAGCCUACUCAGUCCCUGGUGAGCAACAAUACUGACUCCGCCCCAAAUGGUCACAUGACAUUGACUGACACCUCUGAACAAUCCAAUGAAGCUUUAGAAUUCCUUGGUCCAGAAAUGGCCGACCUUCAGAAUCUACUAACUUCUAUCAUGGCAGGACUGGGUUCUACAUCAGAUAGAGCUGAUUCGGAUAAUUCACUACAUUUAGACGGAACUCCUGCGCUCUCAGCUGAUGUGCUUAACUCCCCUGUUCACAGAUUUGCUGCUGACGGAAAUUUCUCCUCAUUACAAAAACUCAUUUUGGACUCUCAGGCUGAUGUUAACCUCCCUGUAAAAGAUGGAUCCACCCCACUCAUUUUUGCUGCUAAAUAUGGUCACGAAGAUUGUGUGAGACUGCUGUUGGAUAAUGGAGCUAGUGUGUCGGCGUACAGUGAUAGUAAUUACACAGCGACACACGCCGCCUCAGCUAAUGGACAUGACAGUUGUUUGAAGCUGUUGUUGGAGAGAGGAGCGAACCCUAACAUGGGGGAUUGGCAGGAUUGGACCCCCCUUCACUUGGCCGCUACCCACGGACACAGUCACUGCUGUUGUUUACUACUGGACUACGGGGCCAGACUCAAUGUCUGCUCGGCAACUACUUGGACACCUCUGCACAGUGUGGUACACUCUGACCAAUCAGAAUGUCUGGAAUUUUUACUUGACUACCACUCUAGGUUACCACGGCAACCAGGUCAUGUGACUACUCAGGAACUUGUGGACAUUUCUGACAAUGAUGGCUGGACUGUUAGUCAUGUAGCGGCUUCCAAAAACUCCGCAGAUUGUCUUUCAAUCAUAAGUAAGUAUUGCAAUAUAGAUGUCAAGAAGACUGACAGAUGGGGGCGGAGUUUGACAGAUGUGGCCACACCCAUUUGCAAUCAAUUUCUGUCUCAGUUAGGCAGCUCCUGUAUACAUGUGCCAGUGGCAAUUGAGCUGAGUUAUGCACGUCUAUCAGGGGCGGAUAACUCUAGUAACAUUACCGGUCGAUCGUUUGUGGUGGGGACCGUACAGAUAACCUCGGCCACAGGUUGGAUGGAGUUAGAGGCAGUGUUACAGUCUGUGUUGUCUAACUUCCUCAGCCAGCUGGAUACCGGAAUCAGAACCAAGAAAACCAGUCGACUAGACCCCGAGAUAACCAGUGAUUCAGUUCAGUACAGUCUAGGACUGGGGCUAAAGGCAAUACAACACUACUCUAUAGGUUCCUAUCAUUGGGUGGCUGGUCUACACUCUGUGGACAAUCUACCAUACGACAUUUUGUGCAAUAAUCAAUCCCAGACAAUCAACAUAGUACUAGAAGGUAAUCUAGAGACGGUGUCCUGUGACGUCUUGUUACCUGUCCCUGUUUUACAGAACUACCUCAGACUCCUGGAACAUUAUAAAAGUGUCGUGUUCUAUGGACCAGAGGCUACUGGUAAAACCUACCUGGCCCACAGAAUGGCCCACUUUGUGGCGAAGAAAGAGCAGAAGGAAGGGAAUAAGACCAGCAUACAUUGUGUAGAGUUACAGGGUGACUUCUCCCAUAAUGAUCUGAUCAAUCUACUGGUAUCUACAGGUUGUAUGGUGAAGACAGGAGCAGAUUACCAGGAGAACUCGGCUCCUAUUGUAGUCCUCAGUAAUCUAGAGAGAACUGACAUGGCUCAGCUGUUUGGUAAAUUACUGGCCGCUGUGGAACACCGUGGUCAGUAUCACACCUUUACAGUGGACGGACAGGUGUCAGAACACUACUGCUUUGUGGACAAAUUCUACCUGAUAGCCACCAUGAACAAAUCAAGAUCCACUGGACUUGAUCUCUCUAUCCAGCAGCGUUUUAGAUGGGUACACUUCCGAAUUGAUGUUGAACCAAUCAGAAAUUUCCUGGCCCGCUACUUCCUGAGGAAGUUCCUGCAUGUUGGCAGGGGACACCUGCCAUUGCAGGACAGCCUGGUAUUCCGGGCUGUUGAGUGGGUGCUGUGUAUCUGGCAGAGGCUGAACGAUGGGCUGGGAAAGCUGGGGGUACCAGAGGUGGUGUUUGGACCGUGUCAUUUCCUGGGGUGUCCCAUCGAGUCUCAGGAUCCUCAAAUUAUUUACCAGUGGAUUCGAGAGGUGUGGAACACUAAGAUUGCCCCCACGGUCAGAGAAGCAGUUAUAAAGGGGACAGGAAAAGAGACUUCUUCUGAUGGUCAGCAGAAGGUGGCCAGUACAGCCCUAUAUGUCCUGAUGCAGAAAGCUGUGGUCCCAGGAUGUCCACUGACUGGGCUAGAGAAGGACCAGUACCUGUCUUUGUUUUCGGGCAGUAAUGAACUGGACAUUCCCAUCAGGGCUGACAAGUCCAAGAUACCCGUCCCCAAUGGUACCCACUCCCGACGGUCACUGGGAAUGUCCAGGGAGUCAACAUUAGGACAUAAACAUAGGAAGUCUCUAGAUGAUAAAGAAUCUGAGGUGUUGUCACAGGGAAUCAAAAAACGCAGCAGCUCAGAGACAUCCAUCAAAAACUCUAUAGAGUACGAGGGGUCUCCACUCCCCUCUACCAACUUCUCUACAGCAAAGAUGCCAAAACUUGAAAUCCGAACACCGUUUAUUUUUCCGCCCGAGUCUAGAUCACGGUGGGAUGGAGAGACGUCAGGUUACCAAUCAGACACUACAGAGCCUCCAUUAAGGACAUUUUCUUUCUCUGCCAUUCCAAAAAAGCCAGCUGGGGUAGGUCCACACAACAGUUCAGGAGGCGAAGGUCAACCUACACGUAGGUCAAGGUCGUCUGAAAAUUUACUAGAUGGAGGAGGGGAAACCAAGCCAAAGUCACCUUUUUCAUUUUCAUUAACCACACCUACAUCAUUGCUUUCAUCAUUUAAAUUUCUGGAAACAAAAUCAAGAACAAAUUCGCCAUCAUCUGCGUUGCCAAGAAACAUUAGGUCACAGUCUGAAUCUUCAUCAAGCACGAGCAAAGCAGAUUUACAGCACACAAAUUCUGGUAGCAUCACAAGGCAGAUAUCACCUAAUAAGACAUUUCAAACUAGUGGUGAUAGAACAGAGUUUACUCCACAAAAAUCUGUCCAAACCACCAGACAGCAAAAUCAAGAUAGAACUACAUGUAGUUCUGAAUUUACACAGAAUCUUCAUAGUUUUGAAUUUACACAACAAAGAACAACCCAAAACAACAGGCUACAAAGUUCUGUCAGAUUAACUUCAGAAUCUACAAAACCAAUGACAUCCCCGGUCACCAGACUACAAAAUUCCCAGAACCAAGCACAAAAAGAAAAUAUUUAUGUAUCAAAUCAACCGAACAUGGGAGAUAACUCUUUUAUAUCAAAUUCGAAUAGUUCAGGAGGGGAGAAGUUGUUGAGAAAUUCUGAGGGACAGCAGAACUUCCCCAGGAAUUCUGAGGGGCAGCAGACCUUCCCCAGGAAUUCUGAGGAGCAGCAGAGUUUCCCCAGGAAGUCCACAGACAGUCCUUUCCUCAGAAACUCUAAACUUAGGAAAAGCAUCGAAAAGAUCUUGCCAGACUCACCAUUUAUUCGUGAUUCUGAAGGAAGGAGAAGUUUUGGAAAAUCUGAGAGUCCAUUCAGGAGGAAUUCGUCUUCUCGAAAAAGUUUAGAAAAGGUACAGAACGAGAAUGCCGUUUUGAAUGAAUCCAUGGCUUCCCGAAGCCAUGGAAACCUACAUCAUUACCAGGAAAGAUAUGUUCGACCUGGUGUCGAUAAACAAAACAGCAGCUUAGAAAGUGAAUUAUGAGAGAUAAUUAGGUCAAACCCUUGUUCUAUCUUUAUUACAAUUUAUACUUUCUGAAUCUACAGUGUUCUGAAUUCCAGAAACAUCCUAUCUAUAGACUGAGAAUAGUUUGUGAUUGUUAACUGUGAUAAGAUUUGGUAUAUUUUAUUUUGUAUACUUCUGUUUUGCAAUAUAAUUGAUUUUUUAAAUUUUAAUGGACAUACUGUACAUAUAUAUUUUUCCUACUUCAUGUAUUGUAUUUAUAUACACAAAUGUUAAGUAUUUUGUCUAUGUAGUUUAAUACGCCAGCACAAGGGAAAAUUUAAUGUAACAUUUUCUUUGUUGUGCAUACGUUCUCAUUGUUAUGGACACUAACUCUCUCUGUAGGAUGUAAGGAUAUUCUCUUGGAACAUCUGUCCUUACUAAAUCAAUUUUCAUUUCACCAACACUCCUUUUAGUGUAACAUUUCCAACUCUAAAUAAAUUUUAUUUUUAUAUGAUAUACAUUUACCACAAUUUCCUAGUGUUGUGAGUUUCAUCAUUCUUCCAUCCUGUCGUAUAAGAAAAAAAAGUGCAGCUUAUAUAUGUGUACUCACUUACUUUCAUUUCAUUCAAAAAUUUGUUCAGAUCUCCACUCUUGGUAUUUUUUAUGGGUGAAUGUUUUUUUGUUGCUUUGAAUUUUACUAUUGCUUGUCGUACAAAAUGACAGAAUUGUCACUGUGUCACAAUUUGGAAGGAAGACUGGUUUUUAACUGCAAAGAUAGAUAGAUCAAUACCAAAUGCACUCAAAUUUUAAUAAUUGAAUAACAUUCUUCAUUUCAUAAUUCAUUGAUAACUGAAUUUAUAUUUUUAUUAACAUUAUUGUAAACUUAUUUAAUAUUUAAAUGUUAAGAUCAUUAAAUUUGUCAGCAUAGUUGUUGUAUCAUCAGCCUGUGAGGCCAUUCAGUCCUUUGAUCCUUUGUAACCCCCCAAAUUCAAAGAUUUGGAGAAAAGGUUUUGGAUUUUCUACAACUUUUGCCAUGCCUAUUAGGAGAGUUAUUGUGCUUUCAUGAGGCAUUGCUUUUAUAAUUGUUGUGUUAUUUUUCUGGGGCGGUAUUUCUAUAAUCAGAUUGUAAAUGCUGCAUACACAUGUUGUUGUUAAAUGUUUGGUGCCAAGGAAAGAUGAUCUGCAAUAAAAAUUAAAGACUUCUG